GUCGCAGCGUGAUGACGUCACGUUGCCUUAGGAACAGCAGCGCGUCGGCUAGCUACAAGCUAACAGGGCUAGCUGUCAAACGUUGUGUUUGAAACUUCGCAGCGUUUGUUCGUCCGUGUUUUACCAUCAACGAGUCGACGGACCCGACGGUUAACCGGUUAACGACACUUGUUUUACCCGCUGAAGUGAAGUGACUGUCGGAUAAACAACGAAUGACAGUCGCCUUGUGGUCCAAGGGAACAUGGAGUCUGUGUCCGAGCUGAAGAAACAUCUGGAGCACGAAGAUCUGAACCUGCAGCAGAAAGUCAGCUUGCUCAACAGCAGCGUCACGAACGUCCUGAACGUGGCGGCGCUUCAGACCGACAGCGCUGCGUUGCCUCGGGUGAAGGCGGAGCUUUAUCACAGCGGCGUCCUGAGUCACUGUGUCCUCGUCCUCGCUCAGGACCCCAGAGAGCUGAGGAGCAGCUGGGGCGCCGCCGCCACCCUCGCCCGGCUCACCAGCUCCUGCUGUGUUGGGUUUGACCCUGGUGAAGAAUCAAAGGCCUUUUAUAGGCUCCUCCUACCGUCAGUCGUGGACGGCCUCCUGUCAUUGGCCAGUCAGCUGACGAGGCGGGCGGAGUGUGUGUCUCUGCUCAGGAAGGUGAUGGACUCCGUCAUGUGUCUGCUGGGAGGCCACACCCAGCUCACGACUCAGGUCCUCAGCUCCGCUCACUAUGAGCAGAUCCAGAUGUGUGAGGACGUAACUGUGUCUCUGCUCUGUGUCCAGAUGUGGAUUCAAGUCUGCACAGCCAACAGGAACUUCCUGUCCAGCCUGACUGACGACUCCGUCCUGUUGCUGCUGAACGAGGUCAUCGGCCAAUUAGCCGUCAGCUCCGACGUGGCGGUGGGAGGGGCCUCCGUCAAACUCAUCCUCCUCAUGGCCAAUCAACUGCAGCUGCGUCUCAAGCCCCUCCUCCUCAACUUCAAAGGACUGGACGACCUGCUGGACAAGGACUGGAGGGGGCGUGGCAUUGACCAGGACAUGGACCAGCUAAUUGAACUCCUCCAAUCAUACAGAGACACGACGAGUCCCUCUCAGGUGAGUGCUGAGCGUGUGCGGGCGGCGUGUGUGAUCCAGGCGUCAUGGAGGUCGUAUCAGACCCGGCGCCGCGUGAAGAGUCUGAACAGAGCUGUCGGUUCCCUGCAGAGGAGGUUCAGGGCUCGGAGGAGGCAGCAGCAGCAACAGAAGGAGGCUCAGCAGUGGGAGGAGGAGCUGAAGUACCAGGUGUGUGUGCGGCGCCUGCAGGCGAGGAGGGCGUUCCAUCAGAAACAGAGACAACUGCUGCAGCUGCUUCCUCCUGACCAGGUGCAGUCGUACCUGAGGGAGUGCGAGCGGCGAGCGGCGGUCGUGAUCCAGAGCAUCUGGAGAGGCUCCAGAGAGCGGCGCCGCUACAUCAGCUCCCAAAGAGACGAGCUGAGGCGCCAUCGAGCCGCCAGGACGCUGCAGAGAGCGGUGCGGCGCUUCCUGCAGAAAAGACGAGCGGCCAAAGCCCCGCCCACUGCACCGCUCUGGAUUGGUCAGAAAGGUUUGACUGACAGUAGGAGGGUGGAGCUGAAGGCUCAGGUGGAGGAAUACAUCGCUGUGCAUCGUUCGUCCCGUGUGUCUCCAGGCGAGUGUGAGCGCCUCCAUCAGGAGGUUCAGCUGCUGCUGUCGGAGCUGCAGAGCGGAGAUGAGCGGAGGAGGGUGGAGCAGAGGAUGGAGGCGCUGCUCGCUCACACACACACUCAGCUGGAGCUGCUCAGAGAUGCCCCGCCCCUUUCCCUUGUCACGGCGCCAGUGGGCGAGGCCUUCCUCAGCCACUCAGGUCGCUGCGCCCUUCGCGCCCGUGACGCCCACAACGCGACGCUGCAGGCGAGCCGGCUCCCCUGGUGGAGGAGGCUGGAAGAGCCGGUGGACCCGCCCGACCCCGCCCACCUGUGGGAGCUGGAGGCGGAGUUUGGAGGACUGUUUGUUGGCGGCUCAGCUAACAUUUAACGUGAAGACGCAGGUUCAUCGCACACUGACGAGCACGAGACGAGACUGUGCUGCCACCUACUGUCGAUCUCCAGAACUGACUCUGAGGUCCUCGUCCCAUCGCUCUUCACUGUGCGAGGGUGACGGCGGCUGGAGUCUGGACAGAAGCUGAAACCAUGACUCGGACGUUCUCUUCCUGAUUGGUUCUUCUCAGUCACAUGACUCGACCAGCGGUGAAUCAAAGUGACGUUUUGUCUCCAGUGUUUAUUUGACUUCAUUCAGAAAGAGAUGCUGCAGUAACAGUGUCAACCAGCAGAGGGCGCUGCUUCCUCACUGCAGCAGCUGUGAUGAUGGGAGUUUUUCUGUUUUAUUUCCACUUGUCUAUAAAGUUUUUUGAAGCCUUCGA